AGCCUGAUUUCUGUCCCACUUCAUCCCAGUCUCCUCUGAUGUUUGUGGAACCAGGAAACAACAUCGGACGGACAAAGCAUCUGAAUCAGCUCGGUCCUUUACCGGUUCAACUUCAUGAAAACAAGAUGAAGAUGUUAUUGUUGUUUCUCCUUUUCUUUCACGGUUCUUCAUCAGUCAAACACUCACUGAAGUUUUUCUUCACUGGGUCUUCUGGACUCCCAAACUUCCCUGAGUUUGUCGGUGCUUUACUGGUUGAUGACACUCUGGUCGGUUACUGCGACACAAAGAGAAAGAUUUUAGAAGCAAAACAGGAGUGGAUGAAACUUUUUUCAGAAAAGAAUCCUGAGCACCUGGAGAUUUACCGACUACAGUGUUUUGAGAAUCAACCUAAGUUCUUCAAAGUCAGAAUCAGUGAUUUGAAGCAGCUCUUCAGUCAGAGUGGAGGUGUCCACAUUUUACAGGAGAUAUUUGGCUGUGAAUGGGAUGAAACAACUGGAGAGGUUACUGGUUUUAUGCAGUUUGGAUAUGAUGGAGAAGACUUCAUAUCAUUCGACUUGAAGACAAAAACAUGGAUCGCUCUGAAACCAGAGGCUGCCUUAGCCAAACUGAGAUGGGAUACUAACAAAGCUGAAAUAGAAGAUAUUGAGAGGUUCCUCACUCAGAUUUUUCCUGAGUGGCUGAAGGCCUUCCUGGACUAUGGGAAGAACUUUCUGCUGAAAACAGAGCUUCCCUCAGUGUCUCUCCUCCAGAAGACUCCCUCCUCUCCACUCAGCUGCCACGCUACAGGUUUCUACCCUGACAGAGCCGAGGUGUUCUGGAGGAAAGAUGGAGAGGAGCUUCAUGAGGACGUGGAGCACGGAGAGAUCCUCCCCAACCAUGAUGGAACCUUCCAGAUGAGUGUUGACCUGAACAUUUCAUCAGUCACACCUGAAGACUGGGGGAGGUAUGAAUGUGUGUUUCAUCUCUCUGGUGUGAAGGAGGACAUCGUCACCAAACUGGACAAAGCAGUGAUCAGGACCAAUGGAGGUCAGAAGAAGCCGACUGACAGGACCGUCCUCAUCAUUGUUCCAGUGGUUGUUUUCAUCUUCAUCUUCAUCUUCAUCACUGUCAUUGGAUUCAUGGUUCACAAAAAGAAGAAAGCCAAACUCCCUCCAUCUCGAAAAAGCAAUGGACGGACAAAGCAUCUGAAUCAGCUCGGUCCUUUACCGGUUCGUCUUCAUCAAAACAAGAUGAAGAAGUUAUUGUUGUUUCUCCUUUUCUGUCACGGUUCAUCAUCAGUCAAACACUCACUGAAGUAUUUAUUCACUGCGUCUUCUGGACUCCCAAACUUCCCUGAGGUUGUAUGUGCUGCACUGAUUGAUGACACUGUUGCUUGUUACUGUGACACCAAUAGAAAAAUUUUAGAACCAAAACAGGAGUGGGUAAAAAACUACUUUGAAAAGAAUCCUCAUCGCCUGGAGAUUUACAGAGCAGACUGUUUUGUGAAACUGCCUUCUCUCUUCAAAACCAGGAUCGGUGAUUUGAAGCAGCUCUUCAAUCAGAGUGGAGGUGUCCACAUUUUACAGAUAAUAACUGGCUGUGAAAGGGAUGAAACGACUGGAGAGGAUAUGGGUUUUAUGCAGUUUGGUUAUGAUGGAGAAGACUUCAUGACAUUUGACUUGAAGACAAAAACAUGGAUCGCUCUGAAACCAGAGGCUGCCUUAGCCAAACUGAGCUGGGAUGCUGACAAAGACAGAAUUAACAACAACAAGAACUCAUUAACUCACAUUUGUCCUGAGAUGCUAAAGACGUUUGCAGACUAUGGGAGGAGCUUUCUGUUGAAAACAGACCUUCCCUCAGUGUCUCUCCUCCAGAAGACUCCCUCCUCUCCACUCAGCUGCCACGCUACAGGUUUCUUUCCUGACAGAGCCGAGAUGUUCUGGAGGAAAGAUGGAGAGGAGCUUCAUGAGGACGUGGAGCACGGAGAGAUCCUCCCCAACCAUGAUGGAACCUUCCAGAUGAGUGUUGACCUGAACAUUUCAUCAGUCACACCUGAAGACUGGGGGAGGUAUGAAUGUGUGUUUCAUCUCUCUGGUGUGAAGGAGGACAUCGUCACCAAACUGGACAAAGCAGUGAUCAGGACCAAUGGAGAGAAGCCGACUGACAUGACCGUCCUCAUCAUUGUUCCACUGGUUGUUUUCAUCUUCAUCUUCAUCACUGUCAUUGGAUUCAUGGUUCACAAAAAGAAGAAAGCCAAACUCCCUCCAUCUCGAAACGACAUCGGACGGUCAAAGCAUCUGAAUCAGCUCGGUCCUUUACCAGUUCCUCUUCAUCAAAACAAGAUGAAGAAGUUAUUUUUGUUUCUGCUUUUCUGUCACGGUUCAUCAUCAGUCAAACACUCUCUGAAGUUUUUCUUCACUGCAUCUUCUGGACUCCCAAACUUCCCUGAGGUUGCGGGUGCGUUACUGAUCGAUGACACUCUGGCGGGUUACUGCGACACCAACACACAGACAGUGGAACCGAAACAGGAGUGGGUGAAAAGUUUCUUGGAGAAGAAUCCUCAGCACCUGGAGAUUUACAGAGCAGAGUGUUUUGUGAAUCUUCCUUCUUUCUUAAAAGCCAAGAUCGGUGAUUUGAAGCAGCUCUUCAAUCAGAGUGGAGGUGUCCACAUUUUACAGAUGAUGAGUGGCUGUGAAUGGGACAAAGCGGCCAGAGAGGUUAUUGGUUUCAAUCAGUUUGGUUACAAUGGAGAAGAUUUCAUAAAGUUCAACCUGAACACACAGACGUGGAUCGCUCUGGAACCACAGGCUGUCAACGCCAAACCGAUAUGGGAUGCUGACGAAACCAACACAAAAACCACUGAGCAGUUACUCACUCAUGUUUUCCCUGAGUGGCUGAAGACCUUUGUGGACUAUGGGAAGAGCUCUCUGCUGAAAACAGAGCGUCCCUCAGUGUCUCUCCUCCAGAAGACUCCCUCCUCUCCACUCAGCUGCCACGCUACAGGUUUCUACCCUGACAGAGCCGAGGUGUUCUGGAGGAAAGAUGGAGAGGAGCUUCAUGAGGACGUGGAGCACGGAGAGAUCCUCCCCAACCAUGAUGGAACCUUCCAGAUGAGUGUUGACCUGAACAUUUCAUCAGUCACACCUGAAGACUGGAGGAGGUAUGAAUGUGUGUUUCAUCUCUCUGGUGUGAAGGAGGACAUCGUCACCAAACUGGACAAAGCAGUGAUCAGGACCAAUGGAGAGAAGCCGACUGACAGGACCGUCCUCAUCAUUGUUCCACUGGUUGUUUUCAUCUUCAUCCUCAUCUUCAUCACUGUCAUUGGAUUCAUGGUUCACAAAAAGAAGAAAGCCAAACUCCCUCCAUCUCCUUCUGACAACGACACUGAGCUGUCUACAGAACUGAAUCCAGAAACCUGAUUGUCAGACACACUCAGAGAGUUUCCUCAUAUGGGAUGGAAAACACUUCUGUCUGACAGUUUUCCUUUAUCUUCCAGGUCUUAUCUUAACUUCCACUGUUCGUUUUAACUGCUUUUUCUUAAUAACAUCCAAGCUGGAAACACUUUGAUGUGUUUUUAUAACCUUCUCUCUGUUGUAGGAAUCAGUUAGCUUCAUUUUCAGAUCCUCAGUCAGCUGCUUAGAGGAGCCCAUGGUUGUUGAGAGUUACCACAAGGUUCAAAGAGUCUCUGGAAAUGUCCUCCGCUGACUGUUCCUAAUGACAUUCCUGAUCUGCCUUACAGGUCCUUACAACUCAAUUAACCGUUUAGGAAGUUCUCAGUCUUUUAAAGGUAGUUCAAUCAGGAGAGACUUACAACAAGAAUGAAAGAAAAUGAGAAAUUUGAAGGAACUUUAAUGUGAACAGGUAGAACAGACAGACUUUGGUGCUUAAACCCCAACAGGAAGUAGAUCCCCAUCGAAGCGAUUCUAUGGAUUAGAUGCUUCCAGCGUGAAGGAAACUCCCCCUGGAGCCCUGGCCCUGGUGCUGAUGAUGAGGGACUGGAGCUCAUGGUUGUGGCGUCUUCUUUUUUGUCCUCCUUUUCCUGAUGCUGCUGUGGUACAAAUGUUCAAGUUCAAGUCAGUUUAACA